AUGCCACUUCGGUCGGCGCUGCGUCUGCCCCGAGCGGGAGACGCCGCACCGGCAAGGGCAAGGGGGGCAAGGGCACUGGAGGAGGUGGAGGGGGCGGUGGAGGUGGUGGUGGAGGCGGUGGAGGGAGUGGGGGUGGAGGUGGGAGUGGUGCUGGGGGUGGCGGCGGCGGCGGCAGCGGUGGAGGCGGCGAAGGCGGUGGAGGUGGCGGAGGGAGCGGAGGCGGCAGAGGUAGUGGAGGAGGCGGAGGUGGAGGAGGCGGCGGAAGCGGCGGAGGCGGCGGCGGCGGCGAAGGCGGCGGUGGUGGAGCGAGUCGCGACUCUGCGCCGAGGAGUGGCGCCGGUGGUGGUCAGCGCCAGCAGCAGCAGCGGAGUGGUAUGA